AUGGGGACGAGAGAGGUAUACGAGCAGAAGCUGAGGAGUGGGAAUCUGCACCAUGAUCCCACCAUGAAUCCAGGCCUUGGCACCCCUCGCUGCCCUCGCUGUCUCUCUCUCCUGGACCAUGAUUCGGACAAGGGUGAAUGGACCAUCACUUCUGUUCUUCAUGACGCCACUGCUGUUGCUGGCUCUGGUAUUGGUGGAAUGCUUAGUGCAAUUCAUGGCUUCAAUACAGGGAUCCCAUACCUUCAGAAUCGACUGAAGGGCCCAAAGUGGCUUCCUUUCUUAGUUGGGCUUCCUCCACUGCUACUGUUUUCGGGUGCCAGUGCUGCAUUUGGAGGUUAUGCACUUCCAAGGUUUACUCAACUCACUGUGACUUCCUAUUAUGCCACCUCAAGUGCCUCACACUAUGGGAUUUCACUUCUCACUCGGCAUAUUGAAGAAGCUCACAGUUCCCGCUCUCGGCAAGAAAGACUCUGA